AUGUGUGCUGCCGAGGAUGUUUUCUUUCAAGGGCAGAUCCUUCCGCUGCGACUCUCGGUCAGCUCCGACGGCGGAAUGGCUCGGAUCGGACAGGAUAGUCGGAACCCUAGCAGGUGUGCUUCGAGAUCAGAGUCCAUGGAUCAUGGUUUCACCAGCAGCAGCAGGAGCAGUAGUAUAAGAAGCCGUAACUCUAACUCAUCCUCGAGUGGUAGCUCCGUAACCACCACCAUCACCAGAAAGAGUGGAGGUUACAGGGAGAGAGAUCUGUCGCGAAAUAAUUUUCACGCUCACCCAAGCCCAAGACCGCAGAUUUGGCCAACCACAGCUCCGCCUGGAAAUGGUGGUAGUCGGAGCCGGAGAUCGACGGCGUGGGGUCUUUUCCGACCGGGUUUAGUGCGAACGCCUGAGAUUGAAUUGCAUGAUCUAAAGCUAAAGGUUCGAAAUCGGAAUAAGAGUUGUGAGAGUAGCAGCAACAUCAAGAAUGAGACAAAGAAGCGGGAGACGAAAUUGAUGAAAACGACGACGCAGAGCACGAGGGUGAGGGUGUUUGAGGGGUUUACAAGUGGGUGUAAGUGUUCAGUGAGUGCAGUUGAAACAGUCCCUUCGAGGUUUGCUAUUAUUAAGAAGGUGAAUGUGAUUGAGAGAGAAGAGAACGAACUGAAAGAAGAACAGCAGCAGCAGCAGUUGCAGCAGGAGCAACACAAGCACGGGAAGCAAGCCAUGGCCCACCGUCGAACCUUUGAGUGGUUAAAGCAACUUUCGUUGGCAGAUCUGCAGCAGGAGACAUAG